CCGUCUAGAGGGGAACUGUAUAAAUAACUGUCGGUGGUGAUCGGAAGAUAUCACAGUCGGUUCGCUAGCACACAACAGUCCUAGUGCCCCUAGGAGGUUUGCAGCUCACAGCACGGUUACCACGACGAUGAAAUUCUUGGUGUUGUUCUCUUGCGCUUUGGCGGUGGUAGCGGCCCAAUGGGGACCAGCUCAUCAUGGUGCUUACCACGUACCGGUAAUUGGCCCACAUGGUGUCCCAGUUGAUACCCCUGAAGUGCAACAUGCCCGCGCUGCCCAUUUAGCUGCUCUUUCUCAAGCAUCCCAACACGCUGGACCAGCUGCCUACCACGGAGGUUAUGACAAUGGUCAGUACAAUGAUAAUGGUGCCUACAACAAUGCUCCACAUGAUGAAGGUCACUACCGCUACCAUGGACCAGCUGCCUAUCAAACCACUCAUGGAGCUGCUAAAGUUACCCACGAUGGCGUACCUCUUGAUACUCCUGAAGUAGCCGCUGCUAAGGCUCAUCACUUCAGCGCAUUCUCCGAAGCUUUAUCUCGUGCUGCUCAUCAUGGCCCAAGUCAUCAUUACCGUAAACGCCGCAGUUAUGGUGUCUAUGGUCAUCAUGGUGCCUAUCAUGGUCCUCAACACAUCCCUGUAAUUGGCCCACAUGGUGUUCCAGUUGACACACCCGAAGUGCAACAUGCUCGUGCUGCUCACUUCCAUGCUCUCGCCGCGGCUAACCAUGGUGGUGGACACUAUGAUGGUGGAUACGAUGGUGGACACUAUGCAGCUGGACCUGUUUAUGCUCAUGGUUAUCAUCAUGGAUUCCAAGGAUUGGAUCAUGAUGGUCGUCCAUUAGACACACCUGAAGUAGCUCACGCAAAGGCUGCUCACUUUGCUGCUUAUGAUGAGGCUGCUCAUCGUAAUGGUGUGCAUGGACACCAUGGACAUGUGGCCGUUUAUGCCGGUCACUACGCUCAUGGAUACCCUAAUGGAGCACCACAUGAUACCCCUGAGGUAGCGCAUGCUAAAGCUGCUCAUUUUGCUGCUCAUGCCGCUGCCCGUGGACAUGCAGUGGCUCCAUUGGUGUAUGGUGCCCAACACUUGCCAGUGAUUGGACCCAACGGUGUCCCAGUUGAUACCGCUGAAGUUCAACACGCCCGUGCUGCCCACUUUGCCCACAAAGCUGAAGCUCAUGCCCGCAACGGAGACUACGCUGUCUACGCUCAUGCUGCCCCAAUUGUUGCCCAUGCUGCUCCUCUUGCCUAUGCCCACCACGCUUAUGCCGCCCCAGUUGUAGCUGCUCAUGCCGCUCACGGUGUUGUCGCUCAUGUCGGUGUUGCUGAAACCCCAGAAGUUGUUGCUGCCAAGCACGCUCACUUCGCCGCUCAUGCUGAAGCUUUGGCCCGCGUUGCCCCAGUUCACCAUCUGUACCGUCGUGGAAUCUACGCCGCUGCUCCAGCUAUUGCCGCUUACGCUGCCCCAAUUGCCUAUGCUGCCCAACACCUUCCAGUCAUCGGACCCAACGGUGUUCCAGUUGAUACCGCUGAGGUUCAACACGCCCGUGCUGCUCACUUCGCCCACAAGGCUGAAGCUCAUGCCCGCAACGGCGACUACCUUGCUCACCCAGUUGUUGCCGCCGCCUAUGGUGCCUACCCAUAUGCCUAUGGAGCUCACCCUUAUUCCUACGGUGCCUACCCAUACGCCGCCGCCAAAUACUACUAUUAAAGUUUAAUUCCUAAAAGUCUGUCGAUAAAUGUUUGAGCUAUUUACGUUUGUACAUUUGAACAUAAAUUAAUUUAAAUAUGAUGAAGAAAGAAAAAAUACAAAAAAAUAUAUGAUAAUAAUUUAAAAAAUACAA